UAGCUACAAAGAAGAGAGCUUGUGGACAAGUGUAUAGGAUCAAGAAUUCACAUUGUGAUGAAGAGUGAUAAGAAAAUUGUUGGAACACUUCUAGGAUUUGAUAACUUUGUCAAUAUGGCGCUGGAAGAUGUCACUGAGUUUGAAAUCACACCAGAAGGAAGAAGGAUUACUAAAUUAGAUCAGAUUUUGCUAAAUGGAAAUAAUAUAACAAUGCUGGUUCCUGGAGGUGAAGGACCUGAAGUAUGA